AUGGACAGCCCGCUAACAUAUUUCUCUAUGGUAGAUCAUUUCCCCUUGAAAACUUUCAAACAAACAACUACCACCAUGGCCGAAACUAAGAAGACUAAGAACGACACAAAGAAGACUGCCAAGAACAAGGCAAACCCCACUGGGGGCAAGAAGCGCAAGGCUUCCGAGAUGACCGCCGAUCCGGCGCCUGCGGCCCCCGUGGCCAACAACCCACCUGCCUUUGCCGACGGCCCUUCGGCUGCGGCCCCCUCCUCUUCUCCCGCGGCCCCUUGGGGUGGGCUCCCUCGGCCCAAGCGCUAUCCCAUUCGCGAGCACUACGACACGAAGCUCGCCCAUCUGAAAGCUGUAGCCGCGUUCAAGCGCGCUCGGCUUGACUUCAACAUCGCCGACAUCAACUGGAUCAAACGUGAGCAGGAGCGCCUUGCGGCGUGUCUUGAGAAGGUCACCGGCCUUUGUGAUGGUGACGCCGACUCCAUCAACAACCUCGAUGAACAGAUUGCGACCCUUGAGGCUCAGGGUGAGGAGGCUUCAGCCACCUCCUCUCAAGACUGGAUCGAAAGACGCCGCAUCAAGAUGGCUGAGGAGAAGGCUGCCGCUGCCGCUACCGAGACGGAGGGCUCCGAGCCCACAACCUCCAACGUGAUGAUUCUUUUUCUAAACCAUGAGGCAAGCAUCAGUACUGAUAUCACUACCGCAUUUGACAAACCGAAUUAG